CUCCGUGCUGCUAUUCGUAACGCUAAGUGUUCUCUCUCGACCAGCCUCAAGCCGUCUCGCUGCCACGACUCUCUCGGACCCCUACGGCUUCAAGCUUCAUCCAUGCGCUCCCCCUCGCCCCCGGGCGCGCAAUGUCGCGUCGGGCGUGCAUCUCGGGCGACCACCGGUUCGAACACCCCGGCCUCUUCCUCGCUCUGUUGCCGUACAAGCCACUCGCGUCGCUCGACCUGUUCACGUCCUCAAUGAACAACGUCUCACAGCUCAAUGGGGAGAAAGACUCCCAGGACCCCGGCCUUCGAAGUUGUCACCCUCCGAAGGCAGCAGCGAGAGUGCGGAGACCCCGCAAGAGAGCUCCACCGCGCGCCGCGCAAUUGACAAACGAGAUGGGCGAUGUCCUACAGGGAUCGCUUGCCCAGAUCCAGAGUGAUGAAUGA